AAAAUAUAUAUAAAUUUCUUACUAGGGGACCAGAAAUGGGGAAGUGAGUACUCCAUAUCUUCUGAAUCUUUCACCCAUCAUCUUUCAAGAUUUAAUGUUCUUAAUUUGAUCACGUUAAUACUCCUUAUGUUCCUAAAUAUAGGAUGUUUUAAAAAAAUUUAAUGUUUCGAUAUAUAAAAUGUUUUCACUUUUCUAGGUAAUUUUUAUUUUAUUAAAAACUGUUCAACUAAUCAUAUUUAACAAUCUAUUUUAUAAUUGGUUGAAUAUCAUUUUAUUUUAUAGUUUUAAUGUUGUUUUCUAGACAAAAAAUAACCUUUUUUAAUAUGUGUAUUUUUAACUAAACAUCAUAUAUUUAGGAACAGAGGGAGUAUGAAACUGAUAUACAUAUACAAAUACACAGGGGCGGACCCAGGUAAGGUUCUACAAUAGCUUGGUAAGGCCAUGAUUAUCGGUGGUCCAAAUCAUGGUCCUUACAUAUUUUGGGCCGAAAAAUAAAUCGAAAAUGGGUUUAAUUAUGCGGGACGAGCCUUAACUAAGGUCGUUCUUAUGUCGUCCUUCGUUGCCAGCUGUCGAGUGGAGAUGAAACGGCGUCGUCGGGUAGGGGAAACCCUCGUUUCGUUUCAGAUUAUCGAUCUCACCGUCUUCCGAUUCUCUCUCUGGCGACUCAUGUGGCGAUAGUACACCGACAACGUGAUCGCUGUUUUCUCCUCUCAUCUCUCCUCUCAUCUCCCCCGAAUCGGUCACGAAGCCCUCACGAGUCAAUCCGGAGCCUGUCUCUAAGCCCAUUCCUGCCGUUUGUUUUCAAUUAAAAAAGGUAUGUGUUCCUUUGUCGUUCUCGAUCUACUUCCUCCGCGUGAUGGGUUCUUCGAUUUUAGUUGUGAGGAUAUGUUUGGUAGAUUACAGUCAUUUUAUCGAUGUAGUUGGUCGUACUUGGUUUCCCAGAUUCUAUAUUUUGAUUAUAUGUUCUGUUGAUUAGGUUCAGUUUCUCGAUUGUUUCCUCGCCUGUAUUCGUGUGAAUCUUUGUUGUGAUAAUAAGUUAAGUAUAUUACAUUCUGUCUCUUUAUUGAAUGAUGAUGAUGAUCGUUCAUAGCUUUGUAGUUGUUUCGUAUCAACAAUUGUCUUUGUUAUUGUGUCGUCGAUAGCUCUGUAGUUUAGAUGGUUUAUGAAACUUGUUACGAAACAUGAUAUGUUUUAGAUUUGUAUUUACGUAGAGAUGAUAGCUUAAAUGGUUUGUAGGUUUUUGAUAGCUUACGAAACACUUGUUAAUGUGUAUUGAAGUAACUACACUUAUUGAUCACUCUUAUAACUUUUGUAGUUAAUCACACUGUAAACGAUUGUGCAAGAGACCUGACAGGUUCAAAAAAAAAAACCAAGUUUUAAAAAUAUAUAUAUAGUUUGGUUAAGAAGUUACUUUAACGAAAUGGUGUUGUCUGCUUGGAUUGUUGUUCCAUUUAGACUUCUAUAGUUUGGUUUAGAAGUUACUUUAACGAAAUGGUGUUGUCUGCUUGGAUUGUUGUUCCAUUUAGACUUCUAUAGGUUUUGUAGUUGUAGUAGAGCUGAUAGCUUUCGUAGUAAAAUUUAAUGAUCCAUUAAUCUAGAGCUGAUAGCUUUCGUAGUUGUAGUAUAGUAAUAACUCCUGAUUAGACAUAGGUAGAUAAUGGUUAGUUGGUUUUGGAGUUAUUACUUGUUAAAGUUUCCCCUAUUAAAUCUCCAAAUCGUCUUUCCCUUCUCUCUAAUCUGUUCUCAUUCUCUAAAAUCUCUUCUCAUUCUCUAUAAUCUCUUCUCUUCUUCUUCCAAUGGAUCCAAGGAAUCCAUAUAGGCCAAACUCUGGUUAUGUGGGGCUUCUUAACAACCUUCAGAAUAACAAUGUUCAGGAUAACUUUCCUUAUGAAAGUUAUCCUUCCAGUGUCGACAUUGGCGCCUCUGAAAACCCUCCCUUCAGUUCCCAAGAGCCUGAGGGUCCUUCCCAACCUGAGGACACACCUGUGGAACGUGUGAGAAGGAAAUGGACGCCGCGUGAUGACGAGGCAGUGAUUAGUGCGUGGCUUAACACAUCAAAGGACGCUGUUGUCGGAAAUUCUAUGAAGUUAAAGACCUUUUGGAAACGCGUUGAUGAGUUUGUUGCAGAAACUCUUCAUGAGAAGAUAGAGAAUGUUCACUGCAAGCAGAGGUGGCACAGAAUCAAUGAUCAAACGAACAAGUUCUGUGCCGCAUUCUCUGCUGCAGAGAGACAAAUAACCAGCGGUCAGAGUGACAAUGACUUACUAAAUGUGGCUCAUCAAAUCUUCUACGCUGAUCAGGGUCACAAGUUUAACCUCGAGCACGCGUGGUGUGUCCUGCGGCACGAGCAAAAGUGGAUAAGCCUUAACACACCUACGCCCACCGGUGCAAAGAGAAAGAGUGGUGAAGUGAAUUCUGAAACUGCCGGCGCUCAUGUAGGUGAGGAGAGUCCACAAGCACCAGUGCGUCCUGAAGGUAUCAAAGCUGCGAAAGCAAGCAGGAAUAGUAGUAAAGGGAAGGCUAUUGAGGACUAUAAGAGCAUUUACGAGCUCAAGUGUGAAGAUUUGGCUAGGAAGGAGAAGCUGUCUAAGAUGGCGAUAUUAGACACUCUCCUUGCUAAGACCAGUCCACUAAGUGAGAGUCAAGAAACCGUAAUGAACAAGCUCUUGGCCGAACUCUUCUAGUUUUUCUAAUUAAGUACCUGUCUUAAACCGUUGUGAACAAGCUCUUGGCCGAACUCUGUCUUGUUUAAUAUGUAUGAAAAUGUAGCUUAUGUCGUGGAUUAUGUUUUAUGUGCUUGUGUUAUAUGUGAUGUUAUGUUUUAAAUAAUGAUAAUGCUUCUCUUAUGUUUUAUGUGCUUGUGUUACGUUUAAAAAUAUGAGAAUGUUUUAUUAACAUAACUGUGAUGCUUGUGAUGUUAAUUUUUAUACAAAACUGACGUGUGUCCUGUUUUAUUAUGCUCAGGUCAUGGGUUUGGAUUAUAGCUACACGCAACCGUCUCAAUCGGAUGAUUAUGGUUUAGGGAACACAACAGAGAGUGACCACUGCUCGACAGAAAUGAAUAUUAUGCUCGACCAAGCAGAUAUUGAAGCUUCGCGUGUUCAGUACCCUCCGCAGCCGGAGGUUGAGUUCGGCUUCCCCAGGGAAUGCUACUGCGGUGGAGAACCGGUUCUUAGGACAUCUAUCACGGGGAGAAGGUUCUACUCAUGUGAGAACAUCGACGAUGGAGACUGCCAUGUAUACAAGUGCUGGGAGGAAGCGGCGACAGAGGAGAUCAAAGCUUUAGGUACACAGUAUGCUCUGCUAUCAGAUAAGAUUGAUUAUAUUGCCGGUGUUAGUGACUACGAGUCUGAACUAAACCAGGUAAAAGAUCUCCAUUACCAGACGGAGCUGAAGGUGACUAUGCUUGAGAAAACUGUCUCUGAUUUGGCCAAAAAAUGUUAUGGGUUUGAGCUCGGUCUAGGUGUUAUGGUUCUUGUAGUAAUGGUAGUAUCCAUGUUUGUAGUAUUUAAUUAGGAAUGCUAGUAAUAUGUAUGAACUAAGAUCCAUGUUUGUAAUGUAUACAAUCUGUGAUGGUUGGUGUGUAAGAUCCAUGGUUGGAAUGUAAUAUGAACUCUUAAGACUUGUUAUUUCUAUCCAUGUUUGGUGAUGCUUGGUUUUUGGUGGUAGUUACACACGUUUUUUACACCUACCAAUCACAUGUUAAUAGGAAAUGUAAUAACCCGUGACAAGAUUCUCCAUCACAUGUCAUUGUUUCUUUCAUUAUCAAGUCACGGAGUUAUAAAGAUUCUAGCUUAUAAAUAUGAGUUUCCUCUUGUCAAAACAAAUACUCAAAUCUCUCUUCUCUUUAUUUUCCCUCAUUUUCUAAACUAUCACAACCACAUCUCUUUAUUUAUCCUUAAUGGCAUCUUCAUCUCAUUAUCAUUACCACAGAGAUGAUGAUAAUGAUGAUUUCGAUACCCACAUUGAAGAAUUUUUAGAGGACUAUGAUCCUAUACCAGAACCAAAAGAGAGGAAAAAGCGUAUUUUUAUUGAGAGACAUCGAGAGGAAGCCAUAACCAGCUUUGGAAUGAUUAUUUUUCCGACAAUCCCACAUAUUCUACUAGUUUAUUCCGGAGACAGUUUAGGAUGAAUAAAAAUUUGUUCCUCCGUAUUGUGCAUCGCCUCUCCACAGAAAUUCCGUAUUUCCGACCGUCAGAAGAUGCAACCGGACGAGGAAGUCUUUCACCUCUACAAAAAUGUACGGCAGCAAUUCGACAAUUGGCAUAUGGUGGUGCGGCCGAUAUGGUAGACGAGUAUAUACGUCUAGCUGCUACAACUGCUCGAAAAUGUUUGUACAAUUUUACCGCGGGAAUCAUCUCCUUGUUUGGCGAUGAAUACCUACGACAUCCCACACCGGAGGAUCUGCAAAGACUUCUAUAUGAGAACGAGGAACGUGGAUUUCCGGGGAUGAUUGGAAGCAUCGACUGUAUGCAUUGGGAGUGGAAGAAUUGUCCCACCGCUUGGAAAGGAAUGUAUUCACGCGGAACCGGAAAACCAACUAUUGUCUUGGAGGUUGUCGCUUCGUAUGACCUCUGGAUAUGGCAUGCAUUCUUUGGAGCUCCAGGUACUAUGAACGAUCUUAAUAUUCUUGAUCGAUCGCCUGUUUUUGAUGACGUUAUUAAUGGCAUCGCGCCACAAGUCAACUAUUAUGUCAACGGAAAAGAGUACCAUCUAGCAUAUUAUCUAGCAGAUGGUAUAUAUCCGAAAUGGGCAACUUUUAUUCAAUCUAUUCGGCUACCUCAAACUGAAAUGCAGACAAAGUUUGCUACAACCCAAGAAGCAGUUCGUAAAGAUGUUGAGCGUGCCUUCGGAGUCUUGCAAGCAAGAUUUACCGUUGUCAAAAAUCCUUAUAAGUUAUGGGAUAAAGAAAAAAUUGGAAAUAUUAUGAAAGCAUGUAUCAUACUUCAUAAUAUGAUUGUCGAAGAUGAAAAAGAUGCAAACACUCUGGAAGAAUUUGAAGAUGAGGAUUUAAACUUUACUGUUAAAAGAUCAAAAAAUACCGGCUGUUCAAUUGCUCGUCGGCAAGAAGUUCGGAAUCCACAUACCCAUCAACAAUUAAAACAAGAUUUGGUUGAACAUAUAUGGGCUAAAUUUGAACAUAUUCCAAUUUAAAAGUAAGGUUAAAAUUGCUAUAUAAUGAAUAAAAUGUGUGUUUCCUUUUUUUUUAUUUGUGUUUGUUUUUUAAUUGCAAUGUAAUAAAAUGUUUGAAAUUUCCUAAUUAAAUGAAUAAAAUUUGAUUUUCUUAUUAAUUAUUCAAUUUGUUUUAUCUUAUAUAUUUAAGUUUCUGCAAAAAAAAAAUAUUAUACUUAAGGACCAAACAAAAGUCCCACUAAUAAUCACAUAAAUUAACCAAAGUCCUUAUAAUUGUCCUAAACUACUAAUAUGAUUAAAAUAUCCUAAGGACUCUGUUUUUUGUCCAACCGAUAUUCAUGGCCUAAGUGUAGACUCUCUCCUUUUUCUCACUUUUCUCUCUCUCUCUCUCUCUCUCUCUCUCUCUCUCUCUCUCUCUCUCUCUCUCUCUCUCUCUCUCUCUCUCUCUCUCUUUUAUUGUUGUUUGCUUCGGUUUAGUCAUGUAAAAAGUAUGUAAACGCAAUGAGUAAUAUUCUAAGAUUUAAUAUAAAGUUACUAAAGUAUGAAUCAUGAAAUUAUAGAAUAAAAUUUUCUUCACGAAGGUACAACUAGUACAGCUCAUUACACAAAACUCGUUAACAACUGGUUUUACUAGUAUAGCUAAUGUAGUAUUACUGAUAUUGUUCAUACGAAACGUACUAGUCAUGUUGACAUGUUAUAAAACUGGUCGUUGAUGAUUGGUCAACAGGAACCACUCGAUCAGUCCAUCUCUGUUGCAAUGAGAGCCGUUGGAUCAUGAGAAGAAAGAAAGAGAUGAAAUAUUAACAACAUUGCCAUUAAUGAAACUUAACCCAGACUGUCGGAUCUUCUCACUAUGUUUAAUAUUCACCAUUGUUUCAAUCAUCUCUCCUUAUCUUUCACGCCUGGGUCCCACAUCCUCUUUAGCCACUCUUCUUCUUCUUCAUAACACCUUCAACUACACUCAACCACCACAAACUUCAACAAGAAAAGUUCUCUUCUUCAACUCUUCAUCCACAAACCUUUUCCUCUGUUUAUUAGAGCCCUUCUACAGUUUAGGACACCGAGAAAUAAUACAUCUGCGUCCUCCUUGGUUCUACAAUAACUUGGUUGAUUAUGACGAUCUAGAUUACCCCACAUGGUUUCAUGAAUUAGUUUAAGGUCCAGUUGCAAAGGUCACAACAUCACCGAUGUUUUUCACACGAGACUUUACUUUUCAUAUAUAUGAGUAUGGUAUACAGCGGACGACAAGUAAUUAUGGAAUAUGUGUGAAAGGCGAAACAUAUUUCUACGGGAUCUUACAAGAGAUUAUUGAAGUGGAAUUCCCAGGGUUACUGAAGCUGAGAUGUGUCCUCUUCAAAUGUGACUGGUUCGACCCCGUCAUCAACAGAGGUGUUCGGUUUAACAAAUUCAGUGUAGUUGAUGUCAAUGGUGGACGAAGGUACAACAAAUUCGAGCAUUUCAUAUUAGCUUCUCAAGCAUAUCAAGUCAGCUUCCUUUCAUACCCUUGGAUGAGAGAAUCAUGAAUCAAUUGGUUUGCCGUUAUCAAAGUUACACCUCGUGGACGAAUAAUUGGUAAAGAAGAACAACCAUUGCAAGAAGAACACAUCAAUGAAGUCGAGGAACCUGAACAAAAAACUGAUGACAUCCUUCUUAUUGAUCCGCAUAAUCGUGAGUACGAAGAUCUUCCUGAAGAUACGACGGACGAAGCUGUUGAAGAUGAGUUUAUUGAAAAUGAUUAUGUUUCUAGUGAUGACGAGAAUGUCAAUGAUGUACCCGAAUGAUGAUGUAAUUUUCUUUAAUAUGAUUUACUUUCAGACUUAAUGCAUGUGUUUAGUUUAUUUAAUCAUGAAAAUUAAAUUAUAUAAUUUGAUUUGUGUAAGGCAAUUGGGGGUUUGGGGUUUAGAAAGAAGAGAUUUUUGUGAUGAAGUUAAGGAACUUGGGGUUUGGGGUUUCGAUUUAUAGGGAUUUGCAUAUCUUCCUCGUAAAAUCCUCGUAAAAUAACAAGGGCCUUGUUAUUUCCUCGUAGACUAACGAGUACUUUACGACGAAAUUGAAAAACACUUUUGGGUUAUACGGAUUUGCAUAAUUGCAUCGUAAAAUCCUCGUAAAGAAAACACGGGCCUUGUUAUUUCCUCGUCAACUAAAGAGGAAUUUACGACGAAAGUGAAAAACGCGGGCCUUGUUAUUUACUCGUAACAAAAACACAGGCAUUGUUAUUUCCUCGUUAAUUAACGAGGAUUUUACUACGACAACUACUUCUAUAAAUAAGAACACCCCUCCAAUUCAAAACUUGCACAAAAAAAAAACUAAUCAAUAGUUUAAAAAACCCUGAAGGGAGUGCACUGUCACCGGAACAGUUCUGAUCUGCUUCAAAUGCUCUUUGGAAUUGAUAAGGACUAUUCUGGUGCCAGUGUCUUCUUUCAGGUUUUUCUUUGUAAAUUGAAAAACACUCGUCGUAAAAUACUCGUAAAAAAUAAAACGCGGGCAUGUUAUUUCCUCGUUAAUUAACGAGGAUUUUACGACAAAAUUUAAUAACACGGGCCUUGGGUUUGGGGUUUUGGCUAUAGGGAUUUACAUAUUUUCCUCGUAAAACAAAACACAUGCCUCGUUAUUUCCUCGUAAAUAACACGUAAAGGAAAACACGGGCCUUGCUAAUUUCUCAUAAAUUUACGUGGUCUUUAAUUACGACGGAAACGUAAAAAAGAAAACGCAGGCCUUAAUAAUUUCACGAGGAUUUUACGGCGAAUUAUAAGUCUCUAUAUAUACCCGAAGUAAAUCACUUCUCAUUUUGUAGUCAUUCCCUCUCCUCCUCCUAGCAAGGUAUUCCUCUAUACUUCCUCUCUAAUUUAUAGCUUAGGUGUAGGGUAAUUAAUGUUGAUUACGUGGUUAGUGUAGGGAAUUUGUAGAUAGGUUUAUGGAAUUUGUUGAUAAUAUAGGAUGAUGAUUUUUAAUUGUUAAUUAAUAAUCUAUUUAUAUGUUUUAUAUGGUUAAUAAUGAAAAUUAAAAAA